AUGAACUCCCUCCGCAUCGCCUCCCGUGCAGCCCUCCGAGCGCGCCCGGCCGCCAUCCGGGCCCCUCUGCAGCGAAGAGGCUACGCCGAGGCCGUCAACGACAAGGCAAAUCAAGCUCAGCUUGACCCUCCCCCACCAGGUACGACGACGACAAAUUCUUAUCCCCCCGGAAGCAUCCUGCAGGCGAUGAUGUCCCUCUACAAGUCCCAGGAUGUCGUCCAGGUCAACCUCCCCGCUGAGUCUGGCGAGAUGGGUGUCCUCGCCAACCACGUCCCCUCAAUUGAGCAGCUGAAGCCCGGUCUGGUCGAGAUCGUCGAGGAGAGCGGCAGCAGCAAGCAGUUCUUCCUGUCCGGUGGAUUCGCCGUCGUCCAGCCCAACUCGGCCCUGAGCAUCAACGCCGUCGAGGCCUACCCCCUGGAGGACUUCAGCGCCGACGCCGUCCGCAACCAGCUCGCCGAGGCGCAGAAGGUUGCCAACGGCAGCGGCAGCGAGCAGGACAUUGCCGAGGCGAAGAUUGAGCUGGAGGCAAGUCUUGUCCCGCGUGUUCUCGAGACUCUGCAGGCUUCUCUGAAGUAG